GGGAAAAGGAAGGCGAAGGAGCGGAGGGCCAGAGUCGGGGCGAGGAAGGUAUUGGCAACAGCUGCCUUCGCUCCCCUCUCCCAACGCACAAAAACACCCAGCCGGGGGGAGGACGAAGAGUCCGGGAGCUGCAACAGCAGGAUCGACCCCCCCGCCCAGCCCAGCAUGGACAAAACUCUCCCCUUGGCCAGGAGACCCGGCUGGCUGCAUCUGUUGACAGCGGCUUUCUGCUUCUGGGGGGCAGAAGGAAAGGUAUACUAUUCUUGUGGUGCGGAGUUCAACUCGUUGGAAAGAGGUCUUAUUUUAUCACCCGGUUUCCCAAACAGUUACUCUUCAGGCAUGCACUGUAUUUGGCAGUUUUUCAUUCCUGCUCGAAUGUACCUAAUGCUGGAAAUUUUUGACUUUGAUGUGUUUGAAAGCACCAGCAAGAACCAAAAUGACUGGGAUAGUUUCCCUCCUCCUCCCAAAAAUAUCAAUAAGGAAGUUUCUCCCACUGAGGAAAACCUAGACUUUUUCACUGUGUUACCUACGAAGGGACCCUUGCUUCAGGAUUCUCACGUAACGAAUUUUGAUAGCCUCCAAGAUAGGUUUCUGGAGACCACCUCUUCAAAACACGAGUCCAAACCGUUCCCGCAAACAGAAGAGUUAGCAAGCGCUCAGCCUAGCGGACUACCAUUAAUGGAAACAGACAAUCUCACUUUGCCGAGACAAAAGGGGGAUGGGCAAGAGACUAGUGAAGACCUGAAGGAUAAAAUCUUGUUUGUGCACCUCACAUCUAGAGAGAAAAGAGAGGAUGAUGAAGGCCAGAAGAAACCUUUAAAGGAAGUAGCUUCUGGGGAAGAUGGGACCAUUUCAGCAACAGUGUUAACCACAGACACGUCCUCCACCCAGCAGUCUCCAGCUGAUGUAUGUCCCCAUGACGUCUUGUAUGUCACUGACCUCAUCACCUUUUCUUCUCGCUUCUGCGGCACAAAUUCACCAUUGAACAAGGACAUGGCUUUUGGGUCUUCUCUGAAGAUGGUAGAGGUCAUUGUGGAGCUGAUCACGACCACCGAUCGUGGGCGAGGCUUUGCGAUGCUGUUUGAGUACAAGAACGAUACAGAAUCGAUUGUCGUGAAUGAUUUGACGAAUGGGAAAGAGAAUAUCAUGAUGCUGGUCAUCAUCACAGGGAUUCUUUUCUUUGCCCUUGUCCUGUUGUCCACACUCUGUAUUGCUUGCAGGCAGAAGCUGUGUCCCAAAAGGAACUCUCUGGAUGUACGCUGUGACCAGGAGAACGGGAUCCGGAAUGCUGGCAUUGAUAUCAAUGAGCUCCGCUUGGUCAUGCCAAGCCAAGAGAACGAAAACAACAACCACUCUGUUGGGGGAAAUGGAGCGGUCACCUCCUGCGAAGGCAGCACAGAACCUUCCCCACCACAAACUGACCCAGAUGUCCCCUCCUCAACCUCCGCCGUGACCACAGAGUCUGGAAGCGAUGAAGUGUUUAUUAUUUCAGCCGGUCCUGGAGCUAGCGGCUUGAGUUUUACCUCUUACAGAAUCCAGGACAAGAGCCUAAAGAGAAGCAUCACAAGUCCAGGCUCUGUUUUCGAUUGGCCGACGACCAAUCACACUGAUCAAGGCACAGGUGUUACGGAGAAAAGGUUGGCACAGACCGAGAGCCACUGCCCCAGGCAACGAACAUGGAGCGCACGAACUUCUCCAGAUUUACUGACUCCGUUACCUCAGCUACAGAAUCAAUGGUGCAGCUGGACAACCAACAGCCCUUUCACAAAACUGGGCUUUUCUACAUUGACAAGAAAUCCAACCACGGCUGCAAGAAAAAUAACAUCCGCAGCAGAGAUUGAGGGGAUGUUGGAGUUGACUUACUCAGACUCAUCGGCCAGUACCGCAUCCUACCCGCUGACACAUUCGGCACAAAAACAGCGCAAGUUAAGCAGCUGUAAUCUGAAGCGAUCCCGAUUUGGAAACCCUUAUUUUGGAUUUUUGACCAGCUCUCCUGAUUGUAACCUUCCAAGGCCAUCUGAUCCCUCAAAGCCUUUGAAUGUCAGGUCUCUGGGCAACAACCAAAGCCAGGGAUUGAAGGAGCCUCUGGAAGGUCCCGCCCAACUCAAAAGCGCUGCUUCAAAAUCCAAGGAGCUCUCCUUGGAAAUGGACAAACCCAAAGCUGUUUUUGUGAUUUCUGAAGAAGGGGACGACCAACAGCCACUGGUUUUAGCAGAACAUAUUAAUCCAUACGCAGAUGCUUUACCUGAACCAAAUGUUGUCAUACACAAUCUAGCGAUGGCCGUGAUAGAUGAGCAGCCAGCGGGCCGAACUGUUCAAGGAGAAGGCUUUGCCGAGUCUCCCAGCAUCAGGACAGAAUUUGAUCUUUGGGGAGAGUACCCCAGUUCAUUCAGAGAUUCCUCCAAGGGUUGCAACAUUUAUAAGGAACAAAACAACUGCCCACCAGUUACAGAGGCCAACGACGCUCAUCAGACAUUUGACUCUUUAGCAUCUCACACAUUGUGCCAAACUUCAAUUCAGUAACUCUUCCAAAAGCGAUGUCCAACUUGAGAGCGAACGUUCACUUGCACAGUUGAAAGGAAUAAAGACGAUAAAUGUUUCUUUGCAAUGCAACGGGAGCUGCGCAUCAGGUGAGAAGGAAGCUUCGGCAGCCGGGACUGUACUAUGGCCAUAGAUCAUGGGAAUGCGUGUGCCCUUUUACGUUGCCACCUUUCCUGCUGAGUGACUGGGGUGAGAUCCUGCUGCAUGGAGUUUUGCUAUGUCUGCUUACCGAGAGCUUCUACAGACCACCCGACCAGUUCCCGUGAAAAAGAAUCCAGGCUUUCUUACAGUGGGGUUUGAAUGUUGACGGGUACCACCUUUUCUGACAUCCUAGCAAGAAGACUGUGGGGCAGGCUUGCCAGCGGAAGGGCUUGUGUUGUUUUUAACAUGGCACUUUGCAACUGAUCAACCAAAUUUCCCACCCUGGUUGGGGACACUUGCACAGUUCCCUGAGUGGAAGUUUCAUUGUGACCUCACAGUGAGGCAAUGGGCAAAAUGUAAAGCCGUGCCGAACAGGAAAAGAAAAUACUGAAAAGUCAGGAGUUAGCUGUACAAAUGCAAAGCCGGCAACAUCCUUGGUUGGUUUUCAUUGCAUUCAGAUAUAAGAAUAGAUCAGAGUUGUAUGGUGCAAUCCUAAGGAGAGUUCCUCUGGUCUAAGCCCAUUCAUUUCAGUGGGCUUAGACCAGAGUAACUCUGCAAAUGACUGCACUGAUAGACUGCCUGUAUGCUACUGUGAGUGGCAGAGUUUCUUUGGAAGCAGAGGGCCUCCUUGUAAAGAAGUAGGUAGGUACAUUUGCUGGGUCUUGCAAAGAGCUGCCUGCCUUCAUCCUACUUCAGGCAAGGUUAAAUAAGGGGCAGGCAGCAUAUAGGAAACAAACUGCUAUCUCAUAAUGGAGUCCUUGGUUUCCUCUCCCCCAGAAAUUUCUGGCUUAAUGUAUUAAGAUUGCCAGAGGUUCCUCAGUAGGCGGGGUGGGUCCUGUUAUGACUCUCCUCUAGUAAGAGGGUGAUUUCUUAUCUUGCGAAGAGCUACUUCAUUUUUACCCCCAGACUUGGUUAGUAGGACCUGCUGACUACGCACCAGAUUUGAACAAAUCUAUCUGAACAUUCUGGCUCUUUGACCAUUUUAAAGCAAGAGAGGUAGAAAUGACCAGUCUGGGAAAACACCUGAGCGUUGUCCCACUUGGCUCAUAGAGCCAUGGUUGAAAGGUAUGAAAACUGCCAGGAUCCCAAAGCCUGUUUGUUACAUUCAAGGGUGCUUUCAGCAGAACUGGCGUGUUUGCUGCAGCAAUAAAGACAGGUCUGAAAUUUGCACAUUUGACUGAGAGGGAAGCGGAGAAACUUUUAGAACUCAACAAUUUGAUUGGCUAUACUUCUUUUGACUCCACGUGUGAUCCCAUUUGCUGGUUGCCAGCAGUUACACAGAAAGUACGCUGAUGAAAACCAAGCAACUUUCUGUUAAGGCUGUCAGAAAUGCUCUUGGGUAUCUUUUCAUCCUUUUGAGCAAAAUACAACACCGUGCGUGCUGCAAGUCUUUGUCAGCAGUGCUGCAGCUUGCUAUUUUCCCAUUCUCAACAGUACGAUGAUAGACCUGCCCUCUUUUAUGCCUUCUGCACUAACCAGCCUUCGUUGGUGUGACUUCCUACUCACUAAACUGGUUUCACACCAUCCCCUUUUCCCAGGUCCAUCCCUGGGUCAGGUGAAGUGACAUCAUCUACGAAGCGGGCAGGUGGGAGAGCAUUUGGAUCAGGAUGGCACAGGGAGGGUUUAAAUCUUCUCCCUGUAUUGUCUUCCCAACCUGAAAUUGUUUGGGGGAAGGUAUUAUUGGCACCACGCCUGUUACAUUUCCCCAGCAGGACCAACAGUGGAGAUAGUUUUAGGUUUGGGGAAAUGGGGCGAAGGGAGCCAUAAGCCAUUCUGCCCACUGCGCUGCAGUCCUGCAAUUCUCAGCUAGAGUAUGUUAAACUGAUUAGAGGGGAUGUACCAGGAAGAGUUAUUAUGCAAUUAUGGACUCAGCACAGCAGUCUUACAAAGUCCCGGCGGUCCUUGGCAUGCUUUGUCCAAAAUGUCUUUACCCUGUUGAAAUGAAUUCUUUCAGGAUUUCCUGCGUUUCUUGAGGGGAAAACCAUGACAAAUAAGUUUGUAUUUGCAGUGUAGAUGUAGCCGUAGUAAACUGCUCCUGGGGACUAUUUUAGGCAUGUGAUAUUUGAUUCUUUGGACCAGCUUAAAAAAAGAUAGCAAUAUUCAGAGCCAGCUGUUGACUUCUAAUAAAUACCUGCUGCUUGUUUAAUCAUUUCCCUUCCAUUACUAAAUAAUGCUUCUCUGCCGUCAUACAUGCAGAUUGAACAGGAAGGCCUAUACUGCUAAAAUCAUUUUGAUUAUAGAUGAUUUUGAUUAUAAAUGGGUGUGCAAGAAAAAUCUGCCACACUCAUUGCAUUUAAUGCCCACCCACCCCCAUCUUUUGUUUCUUCCUGGUUUCCUGAUGAGAAGUAUAUAGUUACUUAACCCUUGCUCAAAGGGAUUCCUUUCUGCAUUAUAUGAAAGCCCUCCUUUCUUUGGAAACUGCAUGGCUACAUUUGGCCAUGACAGCUGUUUGAGGAAAAUCUCCAAAUAUCUUUUGCAAAAACAGGUGCCAGGAGUGGAAUUCUUUGUGGAAUAAAGCUUCUCCCCUCCCGAUCCAUCAAGUUGAACAAGUUUUCACUUUUGCAGUACGUAGGAGUCAUUAAGUCUGGCUCCUGAAACGCUUAACCCCGAUUUUGCUCAGACUAAUUUAUGACUUCAGCUGUUCAGGGUGGCGUGGAGGGGCCCCACUUGGCUGACGCAUGUCCACUGGGCCCAGUUGGAGCAGGGGAAGGACAAGAAGAGUUUGCAGUGCCUUUGAACUGAACACCAGUUUUUGUGGAUCAACUUCCUCUUUCAUGUUGCUGGAUGGCACCUAUUAAAUCUUCAAACACAACCUGUCAGCUCUAGAUUUUUUCUUUUGCUUGCAGACCAGUGCAUGAAAAGGAAAAGUGUGUAACAGUUGAUAGUUCUACAAGCUGUUUAAGAGAAAUCAAGGUGGAUUUUACUUUUGUUUUGGGGUAAUUUUUAACAAAUUGUUGAACCACAUUUUCAUCUACUAUAAGCUCCAGGGCCAACAGUGAGAUGUGCCUGGUUGGGAAUUUCACUUUGAAAAAGUAAAGAUUAAAAAUCAAUCACCAACCUAUCUGGAAAACUAAGUAAUUACAGGCAAAAGAAAAAUGAAAGGUAUCAAUAUUCACAACUUUGCCUCUGUUGAGUUAGGUUUUUUUGAGACUCAAGUCUUUAAUCAAAAGCUGUGCCAACUUUUACAAGCUAUAUGCCUGGCACAAAACUUCCAUCUAUCCUUGUAUUACACAAAUAUAAACAUGGGGUAACUGAGCACUAAUAGAGAACAGUGAAAUGCCUUCUGAUGACCACAUAUUCCUUCUCCCCCAGAAAUUUCUGGCUUUAUAGUUAUAUUCAGUCCCACCCUCAACAGGGAUUGCCUGUAUACUUUAAUACUGAAUACCUGCAAAGGUAUACUGUAUAUCUUCACAAGAGCUGGAAACCUGUUUUAAAGAAUUGUUAAGUAGAAGCUUUGACGAUGCUGAACCUCCUAUAUAUAAUUGUGUGCAUAUCAAUCAAAAUAAAUGUAGAUUUAUAUGCAUGGAGACACAGAGUUAGGUGGAAAAGAUAAACCUCUCUAACAGUUGUUUUUUUAGUCUGCGCUUCCUCUAAGGAGCCAGGGGCAUUUCACAUGGUUCUUCCCUUCUCUGUCUUGUUUUGAAACAAAUCUGUGAGGUAGAUUGAGUAUCAUAGCUAAAGGCCCCUCUCAGCCCUACAGUUACAUCUUUCUCUUCAAGCACCUGAACCAGGACUAUUUCCCUCUCAGUUGUUUGAUCUCAGCAAGCCAUAUUUCCUGGAGAAUACCCAGCCAAACACCAGGCCACUGGGUGUGUGCGUCUUUUUUGUGUAAAUCUUUUUUCUGUUGAUUAAUUUAUGAAGUCACAUUUUCCUACAUAUCUGGAGAGUCUACUAACCUCUACACUGAUUUUAUGUGGGGGCAGUGGAAUGCUUUCACAAACCCACAUUAUUGCAACAUGAUAUAGGGGUCUAUUUCACACAAGUGCUAUUUACUCUGUUUGCAAACGCAUCAAGCUGUCCUAGUCUGAAAGGAGACAACAGGUCCCAAUAAAACAUAAGAAGGCACAGCUGUGGAGUAUGACAGGUAUGUGAGUUUCGCAUAGCAUGAAUGCCACCAGUGUACAUGUUACUCAAAGGGGGGGGGAAGGGCUUUUCCGUGUGGCAUGCUCACUGUAUAGCUGUCUGCAGAAUCUCUAACUGGGUAAGGAAAGAAAACAUGCACAGCCCUGUUUAGCAGACAGAAACAUCCAGGGCAGAGAACCACCGGGAAAGCAACCUGUUACGGCCUUGCAUUUCUGUCAUACUGGAAAACAUCAGAUAAGGAGGCUCAUUUCCAUAUUGAUAAGUUCCAACGGACAGCAAUGUUGGUCUGCAGUAGAAGAGCUCGAUUUGAAUCCAGUAGCACCUUAGGGACCCACAAAUUUUCAGGAUAGGAACUGCUGAGUCAAAGUUCUGGUAUCUGAUGAAGGGAAUUUGUGACCCUCAGAAGCUUGUACCCUGGGAAUCUUGAAGGUGUGACUGGACUGAAUGCCAUAUUGCAGUCAAACCUCAUUUGUUUAUAGGCCUAUGUAAACCUUCAUUUUGCUGAUGUAACUGUCAAUUUCAUAAACCUUCGUGACAAACAGAAGCCCUGUGCCACCAUAAAGAUUAACAGAAUUAAGGUUA